AUGGUACGAGCACUGCCUCUGAGUGCAUGUGCUACCGCUGUUGCAGCGCAAUUCAACGUCAAGCACACACAGUAUGGCACAAGUCCUCCUGUGUAUCCCUCGCCUCGGACUUGUGGAGCAGGUGGAUGGGAUGGAGCUCUUGAGAAGGCACGGGCAUUCGUCGCAGAGUUGACAAUUGAAGAAAAGGCUCAGAUGGUCACAGAGUUCAGAGGCAAAGGCGCCCACGUAGCUCUAGGUCCCGUUGUUGGUGCAAUUGGUCGAUCACCAUUCGGUGGACGCAACUGGGAGGGAUUCAGUCCCGACGCCUACCUCUCGGGCGUUCUCGUCGAGGAGACUGUCCAUGGAGUUCAGAGUGCCGGCGUCCAGGCAUGCACAAAGCACUAUAUCGCAAACGAACAAGAAAUCCAAAGAAAUCCUUCGAUCGUCAACGGUGUCACAAUCGAGGCCGUCAGCUCCAAUGUGGACGACAAAACCAUGCACGAGACAUAUCUUUGGCCUUUCGCCAACGCCGUUCGGGCAGGCACAUCUGCUGUGAUGUGCUCGUACCAGCGCAUCAACGGUAGCUACGGGUGCCAGAACAGCAAGACUCUCAAUGGGCUGCUGAAAGAAGAACUAGGCUUCCAAGGUUAUGUGAUGAGCGAUUGGCUCGCAACACAUUCUGGCGUGGCUUCCAUCGAAGCGGGGCUGGAUAUGAAUAUGCCUGGCGGUGUCGGUUUCCCAGAUCCGACACUAUCGUUCUGGGGUGACAACAUCACCGUCUCCGUGAAUAACGGAUCGCUCGCGGAAGAACGAGUCGACGACAUGGUCCUUCGGAUCAUGACACCGUACUUCCAUUUGGGCCAAGACGCCGACUUUCCUCCGAUCGACGGAUACACCCCGCACCUCGGCUUCUUUGGUGCUUCUGGAUAUGCGCACAACUUCAUGCUUGGCCCAACUGUGGACGUCCGCAGUCAGCAGCAUGCGCAGCUGAUCCGGGACCUUGGCGCAGCCGGAACAGUACUGUUGAAGAACGUCAACGGAGCUCUGCCUCUAAAGACUCCUAAGACAAUUGGGGUUUUCGGCAACGACGCGGCUGAUCUUACGAGGGGACAAUACUCGCUAGCUACGAUGGGACUCAACCUGAUGGAUGGCGAUUACGACGUCGGCACGCUGGCAGUCGGGGGCGGCUCUGGCACGGGCCGCUUUUCGUAUGUGGUGUCACCUCUAGAAGCUAUAAAAGCUCGUGGCCAGUCGCAGGGAGCUGUUGUGCAGUACAUCACUGACAACGAAUACAUUGUUGGGGGAGGUCUCGCUAGCCUCGGCCCUGCACCACCAGAGGUGUGCAUUGUCUUCUUGAAGUCCUGGGCCAGCGAGGGCGACGACCGCACCACGCUGAUUGCAGAGUGGAACUCUACGUCUGUCGUGGACCGCACAACAGCCGUCUGUAACAAUACCGUGGUGGUGCUCCACGGCGCCGCACCAAACACCAUGCCGUGGCGCAACAACCCGAACGUAACAGCCAUACUGGCAGCACAUAUGCCAGGCCAGGAGUCUGGGAACUCUGUGGCUGACAUCCUGUGGGGCGACGUGAAUCCGUCCGGCAGGCUGCCCUACACGAUCGCCGACGACGAGACCGACUACGCCAAGAAUCUGAUCAACAGCACCGAGCUGGCCACCACCACUGAUUCCGAUGCAUGGCAGGCCGACUUCGCCGAGGGCAACUUGAUCGACUACAAAGAGUUCGAUGCGCGCAAUGCGAGCGUAGCAUUCGAGUUCGGCUUCGGACUGAGCUACACCACGUUCAACAUCUCCUGCCUGCAGAUCGAGGUCGGCGCAAGCAAUGUUUCGAGAAUGCCUAAUCCGGCCGCCCCGAUCCAGCCAGGUGGUAAUGCAGAGCUGUGGGACACCCUCGCUACUAUUCGCGCGACCGUCACUAACACCGGCUUGGUUGCUGGCGCUACAGUGCCUCAGCUGUACCUCUCGUAUCCUCCGGAAGCGAAUGCGCCUGCACGUAGCCUGCGUGGUUUCGAGAAGAUGGCCCUCGAUGCUGGUGCAUCUGGCACUGUACAGUUCUCCUUGACUCGACGUGACUUGAGCUACUGGGAAACGACUGCGCAAGCAUGGACUCUACCCAGCGGUGAGAUUGGUGUGCACGUUGGGUUCAGUUCUAGGCGUCUGCCACUACAAGGGCAGCUUGCUGUUCCCAUCUUCGCCCGCGCGGAUUGA